AUGAAAGUCACCGCCCUGUUCGCCGUGGGUGUCUUUGCCGCCUUUGGUGCUGCACAGGACUUGAGCAGCCUGUCAGAAUGUGGUCGCACAUGCAUCCAAGACAUGCUCGGCCUUGCUCCAUCACUUGGUUGCAAAGCUGAUGACAUACCUUGUCUUUGCCAAAACACGGACUUUGGCAAUGGUGUACGCGACUGCACCGUAGAAGCCUGUGGCGAGCAAGACCUUCCGCCGAUCUUGGAAUUUGCCAAGAAAUUUUGCUCCGGAGGUUCUCCAAGCGGUUCCCCAGAUGCGACAGAGACGACAGAUGCUGAGCGCACCGCUUCAUCAACUGGCUCACUCAAAACGGCCACAGGCGAAAACCGCGUUUCCACAACGAUUGGCUCUAGCAUCACUACUUCUUACCCUUACACCACUCAGGCCAUUGUAUCAACGAUAACCUCCGGCACUCAAGUCAUCACUAUCACUGACGGCAUCACCACUCUCUAUUCCAGCGGCUCUGAAGCACCUAGAACAACAGACACCACUUCCCGACCGACAGGAUCAACGUCUCCAACUGAUGAACCUAAGACUACCACUGGUAGUGAGACUACUGGCGCUAACCAAAGCAUCAGUUCCAAUGCCAGCCCAAGCUCAACCAGGAGCAACAAUGGUGCCCUCCCUACAUUAGCCCCCGCCAGCCCAGGAGUCAUUGGAGCGCUCGGUGUCAUUGCUGUUCUGGUGUUGUAA